CCCACUGCAUGCUGGGAACUGGACUGGGAUCAACUGGAAUCCAACCAGGAGAAUUUCCAGGCCUUGUGCCACUGUCUACAGAGCCGAGCGCUGUCCCUCCUGGGGUGCAGUAGUCAGCGAUCUGUGGCGUGGGCCCCUUCGGUCUUGUCGCAUUUUAUUGUGUCUGCUUCAGAAUCGAUGGCUUUACUACUUCGUCCGGUGGCUGUCAGGGAACUCGUCCUUCUGAUGAAACCACCAACACUUCCUGGAGCUGUAACUGAUGGCGCCCUUCACCGAGUCCAGGAAGCUCUUGGUGGGCUGGAAGUGGAUUCGGUGUAUAAUCCUCUACAGAUGAGCAGCAAUCUCUACAAACAUCUGCAGGUGACACUCUCCCGGCCGACUCCUCCCACACGUCCCAUCACACCAAUGUUCCGAGGUGGGCGGGGACAGAGCCGCCAGGUGAGACAGGGGUCUUCUAGUGGUGGAAAAGCAAGAGCCACGAUCGCCCCGUUACCUUUGGUGUCCCCGCUUCCUCGUAAACGGGGGCCACACAGAGAGGACAACUCGCCCUCCAAGCUCAGAUUUCUGCACGAUGAUGAGGAAUAA